CACAACCCACUGGUGGUGUACCUCCUCCUUUUCCAGGGAGGAGCGGCCCGCCCCGGCCGAGAGUGUUCCGAUCUCACGUCAGCCGGCGUGACCGACGGCGGCUCCUCUCUAUGAUAUCUCGGCCGCUAAACUUAAACCCCGAACGUUCGGCCGGCACAAGGAGGAGUUUAAUCGUCAUUUGUUGCAUCGCGUCGCGACGGCGGACUGCUCCAGUAUGGCUCUUCUGUACGAGUACGUCACGCAGGAGCAACUCGCAGGCUUCGACAAAUACAAGUACAGCGCCGUGGACUCCAAUCCUUUGUCCGUCUACGUCAUGCACCCUUUCUGGAACUUUGUGGUGAAGUUUCUACCAAAGUGGUUGGCCCCGAACCUCAUCACGUUCACCGGCUUCAUGUUCCUGGUGGUCACUUUCCUUAUGUUGGCCUUCUACGACUUUGACUUCAACGCCUCAGACGCCAAACAUCAGCACGUGCCUAGUUGGGUGUGGGUGAUGGCGGGGAUCUUCAACUUCCUGGCCUACACACUCGACGGCGUGGACGGCAAGCAGGCUCGUCGCACCAACUCCUCCACGCCACUCGGGGAGCUGUUUGACCACGGGCUGGACAGCUGGGCCUGCAUUUUCUUCGUGGCCACCGUCUACUCCAUAUUUGGCCGCGGCCCCAGCGGCGUGGGCGUUGCCACCCUUUACUACAUCCUCUGGGUGGUGCUGUUCUCCUUCAUUCUGUCGCACUGGGAGAAGUACAACACGGGGGUGCUCUUCCUGCCGUGGGGCUACGACAUCAGCCAAGUGACCAUCUCUCUGGUCUACGUGGUGACGGCGGUAGUGGGCGUGGAGACCUGGUACCAGCCCGUCCUCUUCCACUUCCUCUACAGAGACCUUUUCAGCUUCAUGAUUGUUGCUUGUUCAUUCGCUGUGACGUUACCCAUGAGCCUCUACAAUGUCCUCAGGGCGUACCGCAGCAACUCGCUGAAGCACGCCAGCUUGUACGAGGCCCUCCUGCCCUUCCUGUCGCCCGUGCUCCUCUUCAUCCUGUCCACCACUUGGGUGCUCUUUUCUCCGUCCAACAUCCUGGAGCUGGAGCCCAGGCUCUACUACCUCAUGGUGGGCACGGCCUUCGCCAAUGUCACGUGCAAACUGAUCGUGUGUCAAAUGAGCAACACGCGUUGCCAGGCGCUGAGCUGGCUGCUGCUGCCGAUGGCCGGUGUGGUGACGCUGGCCGUGUCGGGCCUGGUGCCCGACGAGACUCUGCUGCUGCACGUGUGGACGGCCGCCGUCGUACUGGCGCACAUACACUACGGCGUAUCGGUGGUGCAACAGCUCAGCAGCCACUUUGGCAUCCUGGCUUUCUCGUUGAAGAAGCCCAGCAGCGAUUGACAGGAGGACGAACGAAUCGGCUUGAAAGGAGCAGAGGUCUAGACUCCCCCCCUUUCCUCUCUGCUCAGCAACAUGUCACGCUCAUCACCGCGGUAACCGUAUCCUCUCCAUCCAGCGAGGACCGCCCCAAAACACAUGUACACACACACAGCCACUCAACUUUUUGUGUGUGUGUGUGUGUGUGUGUGUGUGUGUGUGUGUGUGUGAGUGGGGGACUCGAGGGCCUCCAGCUUACCUCAUUGGAGGAUUGAUGCAGUGUUCAGCCAAUGACCACCAAAGUGUUUCCUACGGAAAUGUGUUCCAUUUAAGGGCUGGGGAGCCAAUUCACACUCACACACACUCACACACACACAUACACUGUCUGCUUUCAGGCAGACACACAUUAUUACGAUAUUAUGAAUGUAUAAUAUUAUUAAUAAUAAGCCUUGAUGAAACCGCCACAUUUUCAAUGGCAUUCUCAGAACACGAAAGUUUUAUUUAACCUCUUUGGAAAAUUCAUCAAUAAUUUUAAAACGAUCAUUAUUAAUUUUGUGCGGUGGGUUUUUGGAGGUAGACCUGACUAAUGGAUCCUUUACGGCGGACAAGGUUGAAUCCACUUUGCGGUAAUGGUGAUCGGACGCGGGUGAUACAGGGAAGUGUCGUGUCUUUCACGCCAAUUUGUUCUUGUUCUUUUCGUCAUUAUUGUCGUUGGGUCGCCAUGGCGACGGUGGCCGCUUGAAUGAAGAGUGCGUCCCAAAAGCCGAUCGACGGCGCGGAAGCACUCUGAGGGGAGCGACCCCACGCCGCCUGGUUUCUUUUUUUUUUUCUUUUUUAAAAAGUUUUGUCAUUUAAAACAAAACCUUUUCUAAUAACUCGUCUCGGUUUUGCAAGCGAUCGAGCGCCUCCUCCCGGUCAGGAUGUCGUCUGCGUCUGUGGAGUCUGCAGAUCAACUAGUAAUGCCUGGCGAUCGGGGCGCGAGUGUUAAGGAAAGCUUGCAUGCGUUUCAAGCACAUUAGAGGAAGCUCAAGUGUAUGUCCUUACAUUAUUUGUGUCUGUCUUAUAUUUCUUAUUUUGAUUAACGUAUGUAAUGAUGCACGUUGUUGGUCUCUAAUAGUCUGUGUGUUUGUUUGGGUGUGUGUUUGGCCUCUUGAGCGUAGAAAAGGAAUGUGACAGAUCUACACCGGACGAACACAAACAAAUGAGUUUAUAUAGUGAAGUUCAUGAGUGUGUGCCAUCAAUACGUGGCUGAUUUAUGUGGUGCUAUUCACACUCCAUCAUAAUAAUGGCAAAAAAUAAUAAUGUCCACGAAAGUUAUUUUUUCCCCCUUAACCACUAUGUUGGACACCCCCCUUAUUUUUUUUUUAUUUUUUUUUUUAAAUUAAAAAGUGAAAAACAAUGAAAAUGCCUGAAAUGCUUUAUACUCCAGAUCAAGUCCUGAAAAUAUCUUAAUAAAUACUACUCAAACUGGAAAUACUGGACAAAUUUCAUAAAGUAGUAGUAGUAGUAGUAGUAAAAAUAAUGUCAAGCCGUGUUCAAACUCACAAAUUACACACAAACCACAUGCGUAAAAGCCGGUAUGACGUCUUACAAUAGAGGCUGCAAUACCCGUGGUGGUCGGCAGGUCGCGCUGUAGAUCAACAGUUGAUGGGGCGCAGCUCAUUUGGCAAGUUCAAACAUUUAUUUUCGGGAAGGAAAUGGGGGUCAUUAUUUGGCAAAUGAUCAGCUAUUAAAGCCAACUGAAAUGGUCAGUAUUUGGCAAGUGUUCAGAGUUUAGGCUUCGUGCGCCGCUGCCCCUCUGACUUGACAACGUCAUGGACAGGGCCAACAAGAUGGCGUCGCGGAGCCGACGUGACCCCUCCACGCGCGCACACACACACACACACACACACACUCAAUUAUGAAUGAGCAUCAUUGGAAACCAGACACGCUGCACACAAACACCCGAUUAUUGUCAUCCACUUAAAUGAAGAAGCAGCAGGCGCCAAUUGCGACCUCAAUUAUACAACCCACACACCCAAUAGACACUUCAUUAGGUACACUUGCAUAUUGUGCCUCCAAUGCUCAGCUUUGAUUGGUACUUAACUACAGCAGUACCUUGAUUAACAAGUGCCGCGACUUACCAGUUUUCCCAAUUACGGUCCAUCGCGUGGUUGAAAUUAUGGCGCGUGUGCUGCAAUGCCCUCGCAUCAGAUUAGGGUUUCAAAACAGCGUUAGGGUUUCAAAGUAGGGAUCCAAAACAGGGUUGGGGUUUCAAAUUUGGGUUUCAAAACAUGUUUAGGGUUUUAAAGUAGGGUUUCAAAACGGGUUUAGUGUUUCAAAGAAGGGUUGAAAACAGAGUUAAGGUUUUAAAGUAGGGUUUCAAAACAGGUUUUGUAUUUCAAAGCAGGGUUUCAAAUUAGGGUUCAAAACAGGUUAAGGGUUUCAAACAAGGGUUAGGGUUUCAAAAAGUAGGGUUUCAAAACAGGUUUAGUGUUUCAAAGUAGGGUUGAAAACAGGGUUAGGGUUUUAAAGGAGGGUUUCAAAACAGGUUUUGUAUUUCAAAGUAGGGUUUCAAAUUAGGGUUCAAAAUGGGGUAAGGAUUUUAAAGUAGGGUUUCAAACAAGGGUUAGGGUUUAAAAAUAGGUUUAUUGUUCAAAUUAUGGUUUCAAAACAGGUUUAGUGUUUCAAAUUAGGGUUUCAAAACAGGGUUAGGGUUCCAAAUUGUAAAAAUAAACACACAUUUUAUGGUCCUACUUGUUAUUUAAGGGUCAAACUAGUAAAUCUAUUUGGUGAAGUACUGAAUUCUCGGGUGUCGCACAGGAAAAGAAAUUGUUUUCUUACAAUUUUCUAAAUGACUCGAAAAUUCAGAAAACAAUUCUGACUUGUUUCCAUCAUUCUUUUGCCCUUCGGAGGUGUACGAUUAUGAUCAGCGAUUUCUGGACUGCGCCAAGACAAACGUCCUGCGCCGCGUGUCGCUUCACACCAACAUAAUGGAAUAGAAAGAAUCAGAGUCGUACACAUCUAUUUACUCAAAUGUCACAAAUUAUUUUACCGAGAAGUCUGUAAAUUAGUUGCCUGCGUGUGUACGCUAUGCUACUACGGACUCCUAAACAUUACGUACUACAUGCAUUAUUCAUGGAUUAUCCAUAGUUGUUUUUUGUUUUUUUAACCGCUUAUGUGCGUCCAAUCCACAAUUUAUUGCCUGUGAGAGGCCACUUCAUUAGGGACACCUUUGCUGUCAAUGUGAACUUUCUUUGUUUUUUUAUUAUUAUUUCGUAUUUUUUACGUUUAUUACUGCGUUUGCAGUUUGUAGUGGUCUACAAGUGUACAUGCCAUCGUUUAGUCUUUGGUGUGUGUGUUUGUGUGCAGAGAGGUAACAGGAGUGCGUUGGUAUACACCUGAGUGCCUUCAAUCUGUCCUUACAGCGCAUACCGACACACACGCACACAGAGUACACACAAUAUCUCAUAUCAGGAUGAAUUAUUGAGCAGCGUGCUAGCAUGGCUAACAACAGUCAUGUCCACAGAUGUGACUUUGAAGCGUCAGAGAGAGAAAAAAAAGGAAGCUGGAAAAUGAGUGGAAAAUUGAGAUUAUUCACGUGUUGGGGUACAAGACGCCACCAUAUCAGACGAGGAACAGUCUAUUACAGAAAAAAAGUCACUUUAUUUAAAGGGAAAAAGCUGCAUUGGUUUGUUGAAUUUUUACUUUUAAAAAUACUUUUUUUUUUUAAAGGUCCCCUUCCGUCAGAAUAAUUUUUUUUGGUACUGUUUUAUGCAUAACAUACAAUAAACGGCAACACGCCAUUUCCGGGUUUUAAGCGAGCAAGUCUCAGCCAUACAAAUACAUUUAACAACAAAACUGAACUAUAGUUUUAGUUUUUAACGUAACUGUGGUAGUCUAUUGUCACCAGCGACGAUCAUUUUGUUAGGUUCACUUCUUACGAACGGGAGCGGAUGACAAUCGGAUCUUUUGAUUUCCACCCGUGUCCUCUUUCAGAUCACGUUCCCUAUUAGCGGGCCGACAAUCCAACGCUUGGCAAAUUGUGCUUUACAACAAUUUAUACCCGCUGAAGGCGGCCACGGCAACGCACUGUCUCGCCGGCUGGGGAGGACCGAGUUGCGAGAAGCAAAUCCAUGGGAUUUUGUGAAUGUGGUACUGUUUUGAGAAAAGUCACACGAUUAACAUAUGAGGGGAAAAAAGUUUGGUAGUGAAUUUUUUUUUAUUUGCAGGACAGUUAAAAAAUAAAAUAAAAAAUUCAAAAAAAAAAAAAAAAAAACGUGUAAAGCCAAAGUGAUUAACAUGAAUCACUUCCAAAUAUACAGCUGGCUUAGGACUUUGGGUCCAUUUAAAACCUUUUAAUGAGGAUACUUCAACUCAAAGUUGUUUGGCAUCACAGCUUUUUUUGUCUUUUUUUUGUAUUUCAAAGUAGGUUUUUUUCUUUUUUCUGUGUCACUGUUGUGUAUGAACAGAACCGAGACACAAAUGUUGGGUGAAGUCGAACUGGCAAUUUGUCGUAAACAAAGGCGGGAUGCGUAUGAAGUCAUGCGUCACGCAACGUGACAGGAAGUAGCCAAAGUAGCUCUUGGUUAGUUUACUUUUCUGAAAACAAAAAAACUUUAAAAAAAAUAAAUGUCACUAAAGAA